AGACACAGAGGUCUCUAUGGUCAAAGUCUCGCUACAAAUGCUUUGAUGCAUUUGAUGGGCCAACUAGAAGAAAAAAUUUUACAAACUGACCAAUUAAAAAACGUUUUAAAGCGUUUGCAGCAUCGCGUUAAUCAUACCCAGAAUCGAUUCCCUGGUUGGAAAUCGAUGCGCACUAAAAAUUGAGGACCAUAUAAAAAGUUCAGUGUUCCUACUGUAUGUACUUAUAUUGUGCCGACAAAAAUUACCAACUUUUUGCACACACGCGCACACAUCACUUUCAACUAUUUCUGCGUUCGGAAACCUUACCCAGAUGCCUCUUAUAUCAUCCUAUCUUUAUUUAACAUUGAAUGAACAACAAGGAUAAAACGAAACAAAAACACCUGGGUAACGUUUACGAACGCAGCCUUUGCCGAUCUAUCGUUUAGCGCCAAAUUCGUGUUGUUUUUCUGCCAGCUGUGUUAUGCUUCUGUUUACGAAGUGUAGCGGUAAUUAUUUGCGCACUGUUGGAGUAUUAUAGGAAUACAUCAACUAUUAUAACAUCACAAAUCACUUGCAAAAAUGUCAGACAUACGUAUUAUGGGUAAGCGAUUAGCACAACGCAUCGGUCAAGAAGCGAUCGUACUUGGCAGAAUUACGGAGAAAAGUUCUGAUGGUAAGAGUGCAGAGAUCACGACGACCGACGAUGCUCGAAUUAACGUGACAUUUCUCGAACCAUUUGACAACACAUCGGGUUACAUAGAGGUGCGUGGUACGGUAAAGUCAAAGUCUACAAUGUCUUGCAGCAGUUUUGUAUGUUUCCCUCCAAGUAUGACUAAAGACUUUGAUUCAAAUGGCUACAAUACAAUGGUAAAUAUGCGCUGUGCAGUGGGGAAUCAGUUAGAAGGAGUGUUCUAUGGAGAUUAAGAAUCAGGAGUGUUCUACAGAGACAAAGAUCCAAGAAAUUUACAUAUACAAAUUGUGUUUACUAUGUUUCACUUCUUUUCAUACAUUUUUCUUUUUACAUAUUGGUUGGUCUGGCAUAUAUCCCUACCAUAAAAAUAACAAGGAAUGCUGCAAUAUAAAAGAAAAGCAUUCAAACGUGCAUUCCUUUGUCUGUACAUAAAAUCGAUCCAGUGGGACUUAAUAAGUAUACAAAACAUGCAAAACCUUGUAAUAAAUAGGUUAUUUCAAUAGAAUAUAUAUAUUUAUAUGUAUAAUA